GCCUGACGGAGGACGAGGACGUGCGCGCCAUGCUGCGGGGCUCCCGGCUCCGCAAGAUCCGCUCGCGCACGUGGCACCAGGAGCGGCUGUACCGGCUGCAGGAGGACGGCCUGAGCGUGUGGUUCCAGCGGCGCAUCCCGCGCGCGCCGUCGCAGCACAUCUGUGAGCGGGCUGGGGCGCGGGGGAGCGGGGCAAGCGGGGACCCCGGACCCGCCUCCCGGCGCGCCGCCCUGACCCAGCCCUUCCCGCCGUCUUCGUGCAGCACAUCCCUCACCAUCGCCUUCAAGGGCCGCCGCAAGAACCUGGACCUGGCGGCCCCCACGGCGGAGGAGGCGCAGCGCUGGGUGCGCGGCCUGGCCAAGCUGCGGGCGCGCCUCGACGCCAUGAGCCAGCGCGAGCGGCUCGACCACUGGAUCCACUCCUACCUGCACCGGGCAGACUCCAACCGGGACAGUAAAAUGAGCUUCAAGGAGAUGAAGAGCCUGCUCCGAAUGGUCAAUGUGGACAUGAAUGACAUGUACGCCUACCGCCUCUUCAAGGAGUGUGACCAUUCCAACAACGAUCGGCUGGAGGGGGCUGAGAUCGAGGAGUUCCUGCGGCGGCUGCUGAAGCGCCCAGAGCUGGAGGAGAUCUUCCACCGGUACUCGGGCGAGGACCGCGUGCUGAGCGCCCCUGAGCUGCUGGAAUUCCUGGAGGACCAGGGCGAGGAUGGCGCCACACUGGCCCGUGCCCAGCAGCUUAUCCAGGCCUAUGAGCUCAACGAGACAGCCAAGCAGCACGAGCUGAUGACACUAGAUGGCUUCAUGAUGUACCUGUUGUCGCCUGAGGGGGCUGCCCUGGACACGGCCCACACGCGUGUGUUUCAGGACAUGGACCAGCCCCUCGCCCACUACUUCAUCUCCUCCUCCCACAAUACGUAUCUGACCGACUCUCAGAUCGGGGGGCCCAGCAGCACCGAGGCCUAUGUUAGGGCCUUUGCCCAGGGGUGCCGCUGUGUGGAGCUGGACUGCUGGGAGGGGCCGGGAGGGGAGCCCGUCAUAUACCAUGGCCACACGCUGACCUCCAAGAUUCUCUUCCGUGACGUGGUUCAGGCUGUGCGUGACCAUGCUUUCACGCUGUCCCCCUACCCUGUCAUCCUGUCCCUUGAGAACCACUGUGGGCUGGAGCAACAGGCUGCCAUGGCCCGCCACCUCCGCACCAUCCUGGGAGAUAUGCUGGUGACACAGGCACUGGACUCGCAGAACCCCGAAGAGCUGCCAUCCCCAGAGCAGCUGAAGGGCCGGGUCCUGGUGAAGGGGAAGAAGCUGCCCGCUGCUCGGAGUGAGGAUGGCCGGGUUGUAUCUGACCGGGAGGAGGAGGAGGAAGAGGAGGAAGAAGAGGAGGGGGCGGAGGCUGCAGAACAGAGGCGGCGGACCAAGCAGAUCUGCCCAGAGCUGUCAGCCCUGGCUGUGUACUGCUGUGCCACCCGCCUGCGGACCCUGUGCCCUGCCACUGGCCCCGCGCAGCCCUGCCAGGUCAGCUCUCUGAGUGAGCGCAAGGCCAAGAAGCUCAUCCGGGAGGCAGGCAACAGCUUCGUCAGGCACAAUGCGCGCCAGCUGACCCGGGUGUACCCGCUGGGGCUGCGGAUGAACUCGGCCAACUACUGUCCCCAGGAGAUGUGGAACUCGGGCUGCCAGCUGGUGGCCCUGAACUUCCAGACACCAGGCUACGAGAUGGACCUGAAUGCGGGGCGCUUCCUCAUCAACGGGCAGUGCGGCUACGUCCUGAAACCUGCCUGCCUGCGGCAGCCCGACACCACCUUUGACCCCGAGUGCCCUGGACUUCCCAGAACUACCCUCACCAUCCAGGUGCUGACUGCACAGCAGCUGCCCAAGCUGAACGCUGAGAAGCCAAACUCCAUCGUGGACCCCCUGGUACGCAUCGAGAUCCACGGGGUGCCCGCAGACUGUGCGCGCAAAGAGACCAACUACGUGCUCAACAACGGCUUCAACCCCCGCUGGGGGCAGACCCUGCAGUUCCAGCUGCGGGCUCCGGAGCUGGCCCUGGUCCGGUUCGUGGUAGAAGAUUAUGAUACCACCUCCCCCAAUGACUUUGUGGGCCAAUUUACGCUGCCACUUGACAGCCUGAAGCAAGGGUACCGCCACAUCCACCUGCUUUCCAAGGACGGGGCCUCGCUGUCUCCAGCCACGCUCUUCGUCCACAUCCGUAUCCAGCGUUCCUGAGGCCUCGUAUCUGUAUCCCCGCUCCUCAAAGACUCCGGAGAGAACUGCAGAGAGCCCCCCUCUGGGGUGGUGGGUGGGGUUCCAGCCCACACACUGGCCUGCUUGCAGGUGCUGGGCACACCUGGGUGCUGGGGCUGCCUCGGCUCCUUUGAAGCAUAGGCUGACACGCUGCUCACAUGACUUAAGCAAGCCCUAGCCCUGGAGGCCUUGAGAUGGCCCAGCUGCUCCUGGACUCAGCCCGCCCCCUCUUCGUGGUUACGAAGAACCAGGCCUGUCACUGCCAGACUUGGGGAGCAGAACACCUGAGCCCUUGGCCCCUCCUUGCCCAGCAGCAAGGCCAUCCCUGCCUUCUUCCCCCAGAGGAGCGGAUCGCCCCUACCCUCCCUGGCAUGGGCCAGCGCCUGUCUUCUCCCCCCAGGCUUUGCUGCCUCUUCCCUCCAACUCUUGAAUCUCAUCUCCCCUUCCCUUCUCAAAGCGAGCAGAGUGCUGAGGCUCAGAGCCCUGGGAAGCCUGGCAGGAGAGGACUGCAGAGACUCCUUCAACAAUAAAGUAGCACGCUUACCUUACACUGCCGCCACCUGUGAUGCCGCACCCACAGGCUCAUCCCCCAGGACUGAUUUCGACACAGCAAGGAGGUGGCUGAAGUGCAGCUCAAAAUAGCCCAGCUCUUGGCUUAAAGCUGCUGCUGGUACCAUGAGCCCAGGACACUGAUUCCCUUCCCCGAGGUCACAGCCCCAAACAAGCGGGGCCUUGGAGGAGGGGGCACGGACCCUCACACUCCCUCUCCAGACUCGGCCUGUUCAAAGCUCCUUUCUGCUCAGUAGUGCAAUUCCGAAGGACUUGGGACUCCCUUCCCUGCACCGACCAGCCUGGGAUGGGGCGGGGCUGGGAGCUUUGGCUCCCCUCUGACUUCAUUCCUGCCCUCAGCUACUGGCUGGCCCAACAUGCCCUAUGGCUUGCCCUUGCCUCCACCGGGAGACUCCUUAACCCCAACUCCCACAUUCGGUCUCAACCAACUCCCUGUCAGACGCUAGCCCUUCCAAGGCGGUCUUCCCAGCUUUGGGCUCUCAUCCUCACCUUCGACCCUUUUUGUUACACCUACCCAGAGAGCAGCAGUUUGGGGGUCAGCCCUGAGUGGCAUCCCCAACACAGGACUCCCAGCCAGGCCCUGACACCCCAGGCUGGGAACACAGCAAGGCCGAGUCCAGCUUCAGUGUGUGAGAAGCAGCUGAGAGCUGUCUGGCCCUGCAGGAUCAUUAGAGCCACUGCUGACCUGGACUGAGGGAUGGGGGUGCUCUGGGGCAGGCUCCAGGGCCCAGCCACCCCUCCAGGGAAUGAACCUGGGGCAGUACCAGCUCCCCUCUGGUAGAUGGGCAAGGGUUGGGGAAAGAGCCCAGUUUGCCUGCAAGGGCAACAUUGCCAGAGGAAGGUCUUCCCGAGUGGCCCAGCGCUGUGAUCCCAAGGGCCUCCCUUGCAGGGCCCAGGCCCCAGGCCGCCAUCUGUUCUGCGAACCAGAGGAAUACCAGUGAGAAGGGUUUGUUCAGCUGCUUCCUUUAUUAGAAACACGUGAGCUGUACUGGGCAGGACAACAAUGCAUUUGGUAUUUCCUUCCCCCCAGAAAUGGAUUCCCAGCUACAGCCCAGAGAAAAGCCAAGACAAAAAGAUAAAGCAUACCCCUCUGUUCUCAGA